CAGCGGCUAGGAGAGUCACGUGAGGGUGGGCGGUGGAGGUGGAGGUUUGUCUCGGCUGUGUAAUCCGUCUCGAUGGUUGUCAGAAGUGGGCGGUUUUGAACGGGGCGCAGGAGCUUGAUCGCGAACGGGAUGUUUCGUCUUAAGUCACUUGCUGCAUUGGCUGAAUUGGCUGUGUACUCUCGAUGGUACCAUGCAGGAUCACAGCCUCCGCAGACCAGGCGACGACUAAUGGUAGUGGCUUUCCUGGGAGCAUCUGCAGUAACUGCAAGCACUGGUCUUUUGUGGAAGAGGGCCUAUGCAGAAGCUCCACCAUCUGUAAACAACCUAAAGACUGAACUUGGUGAUAGAGGAAAGAAAAAAGAUGAAGGGGAAGUUUGUGACCAAGAAAAAAAGGCUGAAGGUCUUUGUGUUGAGUCUUAUCCAGAAGAGAAAAAGAAGAAACGUUCUGGAUUUAGAGACAGAAAAGUGAUGGAAUAUGAGAAUAGGAUUCGAGCAUAUUCCACGCCAGACAAAAUCUUCCGGUAUUUUGCCACCUUGAAAGUAAUCAGUGAGCCUGGUGAAUCUGAAGUGUUUAUGACUCCACAAGAUUUUGUGCGAUCUAUAACGCCCAAUGAAAAACAACCAGAACAAUUGGGCCUGGAUCAGUAUAUAAUAAAACGCUUUGAUGGAAAGGUUGAAUACUUCGAAAGGAAAAAGAAAAUAUUACACAGGGCCAGAAAGAAAAGUAUAAGUUCAAUUUUAAUGAGGAGGAAGAAAGUUCAGCGUAAAGAAGGAAGAGCCAGGAAUCGCUCUCUAAAGCUUAAAGAGAAUGAAAUCAGAAUGAAAGUCAUGGAGUGGCUGGAAAAGAAAAUUGCCCAGGAACGAGAAAAAUUUGCUGAUGAAGGCAGUAUCUUUUACACCCUCGGAGAAUGUGGACUCAUUUCCUUUUCAGACUACAUUUUCCUUACAACUGUUCUUUCUACUCCUCAGAGAAAUUUUGAAAUUGCCUUUAAGAUGUUUGACUUGAAUGGUGAUGGAGAAGUAGACAUGGAAGAGUUUGAGCAGGUUCAAAGCAUCAUUCGCUCCCAAACCAGUAUGGGUAUGCGUCACAGAGAUCGGCCUACUACUGGUAACACCCUGAAGUCAGGCUUGUGUUCGGCCCUCACAACCUACUUUUUUGGAGCUGAUCUUAAAGGAAAACUGACAAUCAAAAACUUCCUUGAAUUUCAGCGUAAACUUCAGCAUGAUGUUCUGAAGCUAGAGUUUGAACGCCAUGACCCUGUGGAUGGGAGAAUUACUGAGAGGCAGUUUGGUGGCAUGCUGUUGGCAUACAGUGGGGUGCAGUCCAAGAAGUUGACUGCCAUGCAGAAGCAGCUAAAGAAGCACUUCAAAGAUGGAAAGGGUCUGACCUUUCAGGAGGUGGAGAACUUCUUUACUUUCCUAAAGAAUAUUAAUGAUGUGGACACUGCAUUGAGCUUCUACCAUAUGGCUGGGGCAUCUCUUGAUAAAGUGACCAUGCAGCAGGUGGCCAGGACAGUAGCUAAAGUGGAACUCUCAGACCACGUGUGUGAUGUGGUGUUUGCGCUCUUUGACUGUGACGGCAAUGGGGAGCUGAGCAAUAAAGAAUUUGUUUCCAUCAUGAAGCAACGACUAAUGAGAGGCCUGGAGAAGCCCAAAGACAUGGGCUUCACCCGCCUCAUGCAAGCCAUGUGGAAAUGUGCACAGGAAACCGCCUGGGACUUUGCUUUGCCCAAACAUUAACCCAGAACUGCAAGAGGGGCCGCCUUCUCAACCCCAAGCACCCUGCCCCUUGAGCAGAGACUUGGCACAUCCUUUCCUGCUGCUACUUUGAAAAAUAAUGCUCACUUCCCCUGGGAAUGGUCUCAGGCUCCCCCCAGUUUCCCUUCUCCACCCUUGCCCUGUUCCAGUGUUCUGCUAGGUUCUGAUUCUUCCCAUUGAUUAUCUCCAUUGCGUCUCAAAAAUACGAACAAUUCCUAAAAGCUGGCACCUGCAGCAGCAUUUCACACUGAAGCACCCUGUGGAUAAAGAAUUCAGGGAACUAUCCACAGACAAGCCAACCCUGGGAAACAUCCAGUUCUCAACUCAUUUUUGCUCUGGAUUUAUUAAGAACAUUUCUUGCUUUUCCUGCUGCUGGUGUUUUCAAGCUACAAGUUGGGAAAACCUCUGGCAGGCAAGAGGAAGUCUGUGAUGAAUGAUAAUGAGAAUGACCCAGGCACCCUGAGCUGGCAGGAAGCCUGGGCAAGAGGAAGGAUGUGUGUCCUUCCCCAGGGUGGCUCUGAGUCUGGCUCUGGGAAAGUGAUGUACACAAUGGAAACAGAACAAGAUGGGAAUUUAAAGCAGCUGCUCCAUGGCUCUUUCUAUUCAUCUCUUACUCUCAGGCUCCCUCAGAAGAUUCCAUCUCAACUCUGUGCUUAAUGAGAACCAGUGAUUGAGUUUAUGUUCCCUGCAAGUGCCACGUCCCCUCCAGGGGUGUGCCUCUGAAGCAGAGACCUGGCUCAGAGUCUUUCUGCCCUCUGCUUAAACACUUGUAAAAUAUCACUUUAAUUAUAACAGUUUGCAAUAAACCCUCCCAAAGACUCUUGUCUCCUUUAUUUUCAGAUCCUCU